AUGUUCCCAACAUGGAUAGCAAAUCCGAUCAUGGUAUGGAAAGACAAUGGGGCAUGGCGAAUGUGCAUAGAUUAUUCACAUCUCAACAACACCUGUCUAAAGGAUUGCUAUCCUCUCUCGGAGAUCGAUCAGAAAGUCCACUCGCUUGAAGGUUCCCAACUCAAAUGUUUUCUCGAUGCAUAUAAGGGCUAUCACCAGAGAUUGAUGGACAACGUAUUCACCAAUCGGAUUGGUCAGAAUAUCGAAGUCUACGUCGACGAUAUGGUAAUUAAAAGCCACAACGAAGAGAUGAUACUCCAAGAUGUGGAAGAAACCUUCAAAUCGCUAGCUAAAGUGCAGAUGAAGUUAAAUCCGGCUAAGUGUACUUUCAGAGUCGAUGAGGGACAAUUCCAUGGUUAUCAGGUUGAAAUCCCAGAUGCCAUCAAGCGAUUGCCAACGACAAUCUCUGUCGACCCACUAGAGCUUGAGGUUGGAAAAAACUUUGGAAGUUGUACACCGAUGGCGCAGCAAGCAAAGAAGGAUCAGAGCAACCCAACUGACAUUCCUAAUGGCUUCAUUCCAUUUUCCGCAACUUGGCAUUCAUAUGUGAUUAGUAAUCGAAAAAAUGAGAAUUCCAUGGUAAUGAGCUUCAUUGACAGGAAAACUCUCCAGAACUCUGCUGAUGAUUAUCCAAAAAUUGUUGACCUACUUUGUCGGUUUGCCAUUCAUCAUAAAAAUCAUGGAGCUGGUGCAACCGAUGUUCACUCAGUCGCUAUGUCUACAAGGUUGGAUGCAAUCAUAUCUAUGUAUGGAGUCUCAAUUGCUCGCAGUCUGAUGAAGAUAGAGGCUACCUUCAGAUGCUAA